UAGCGGUUGUACACGUUGAGAAGUAGCGCUUGUAAAAGAGUAUUAAAAUUGGAUUGUGUAUUUUGUAAACUUGCCAAUGACGGACUCUGUGGCUAAACGGCCGAGCUCAGAGAUGCGGAAAGUGCGCUUGCGUGAUGCUGCACGCUGUAGAAGGAGUCAGGAGACGGAGGUGUUUUACGAGCUUGCCCAAUCUUUGCCCCUCGCUCGCCGUGUCACCUCCCACCUUGACAAAGCCGGCAUCAUGAGGGUGACCCUGAGCUACCUGCGUAUGCGCCAACUUCUCCACUCCUCUUCAACCAAAUUGCCUCCAACUGUGAAAAAAGAAGAGGAUCCCACAGAUGCGUUCUAUCAGCAAGCACUGGCUGGCUUUAUGCUGGUGUUAAAUGAGGAAGGAGACAUGAUCUUUCUCUCAGACAAUGUCAGCAAAUACAUCGGCAUUACACAGAUGGAGAUGCUUGGUCAAAGUGUGUAUGACUUUGUGCACCCUUGUGACCAAGAGGAGCUAAGGGACCUUCUUACUACUAAACCAGGAUUGUUAAAGAAGAAGUCAGAGAGCUGUACAGAGUACGACUUCUUCCUGAGACUGAAAAGCACACUCACAACCCACGGAAAAACAGUGAACAUGAAGUCUGCCACCUGGAAGGUGGUUCACUGCACAGGCCACUUACAGAUGUUAAGCAGUGAAGUGGACAGCUUUUCUCCUGCUGGACGCUACAUGACUCUACUGUGUGAGCCCAUCCCCCAUCCUAGCAGUGUGGAGUUCCCUCUGGACAGCAGCACUCUCCUUACACGCCACAACAUGGACCUGACCUUUACCCAAUGCGACAGCCGGGUAACUGAGCUUAUUGGAUACGACCCUCGUAAUUUGAUUGGCCGAUCAGCCUAUAAGUUUUUCCAUGUGCUGGAUUUUGAUCAUAUGACAAGGAGCUUCAAUAUCUUAAUUGCUAAAGGUCAGGUGUGCACCAGCCAUUACCGCUUCUUAGCUUUUAAUGGAGGAUAUGUCUGGAUGAAGACACAAGCCACUGUUCUUUACAACAGCAAGACCUCCCAGCCUGAAUCCAUAAUGUGCCUCAACUUCAUCCUUAGCGGAGUGGAAGAGGCAGACACCGUUUUAUCCCUGGAGCAGACACGCACAUCAGAUCAUGACUGUCAGAGUGAUAUGGAGACAAAUGACUCGGAGGAUGAGUUCAGCAGCAGUAGCAGUAGUGGGGAGCUCUUCCUUCAAAUGAAAGAUGAUCCCGAAGAUCUGCUGCAGCUGACACCAGCCCCAGGGGAUGCCAUCAUCCCACUGACAGAUGAUAUGGAGUUUUCCUUUGCCCCACCAUCCAGCCCAAAUACAGUACCUGCAUGUCCGAAAGACCUAUGUAGCCCCAAACUGCGGCAGCUGUUGUCACCCAUAUUCGACAAUCCUUCCCCUGCCUCAUCCACUCUGAGCUCCGGCGAUGAGUUUUUAAUGGACACAGGAGAUGUGGAGAAGUUCUUUUCCAUUAAACCAGUGGAGAAUACAGCUCAGACAACGCUGGUCAAUGAUAUGACUGAGAUGGAUUUGGACAUGUUGGCUCCAUAUAUUUCCAUGGAUGAUGACUUCCAGUUGUCCUUUCUGCCCCAGCUGGAUGAAACAAAUGUAAACAUGGAUGAAGUGUUAAUCACUACCAUUACAUUAAGGAAAAGAAAUCUGAAAGAGGAAGAUGAGGACCUGCCCUCUCUAACAACCAUUCAGGAGAAAAGACAGAACUGUUCUUUGGAAGAUGAGUUCCUGCUUGCACAUGCCUCUCUGGGUCAGACACACCUGCAGCUUUCAGAUGCUUCAGAGGAGCAUAAGCCACCACCAUGGAAGCAAAAUCAUCUUCUGACUGACAACGACCCGUUGUUGGGAGCUACACAGACACUGAGUGAUACAGCAGCUCUGAUGAGGGACUCCUCAUCCAAGCCUCCUGAUUUAAUGGCUCAUGUAGUUGGGACUAAAUCAUCACUGACGUGAAAGGAAAAUUGCACUAUGAAGCUAAAACCCUGGUGCUAGGAUUAAGGAUGACAUUAUUUCUCUGUCUUCUUAAUAUUAAUCACAAUACUUGAAACACAAUUCAAUAAUACUUUUGAUCAAGUACGACCUCAUCAGAAAUAGAAUUGUACAAGUGUCAUUAAUGGAGAUUCUUUAUAUCUGUUUUUCUUUCAAGAAAACAGCAGAAACAGCAGUGGGUAAUCAGAACUUAGUUUAGCUUAUCAGUUUGAAUUGCAGUCGUCCGACCAGAACUUGACAUCGUGCAUCAUGGAAAGAUUACACACAGUGGGACUUUCCCUCAACAUCCUUUGUAAUGUACAUCACAUUAUUCUCAGGAACAGCCGGCUUGUAGUGUGAAAUAUAUCUGUCUGAACACCUUGCUUAAAGCCUGAUACCAUACAGAACUCAGUAUCAAAAGAGAUUUAGUAGGGAAACUUGCACAGAAUUUGGUAACGGCUAGACAGAGACCUUUGACAAUGGUGCAAAAGUGAAUGUGGUCAAAACUGCAGCUCAGCUGGUUUGGCUUUUCAUGUCUGCAUGCCUGUGCACAUCUCAGCAUUGGGCAAUCUCAACCCUGCCAUGUUCUUGUAAAUAACCUUUCAAUUGCUCAGUCUGAAAUAACAUGAGUAAUUUCAUAUCUUGUUUCAUAUACUUUGUAAUGUACGGCUACAUUUCUGAUCAAUGCCAUAGAUGACGAACACAAUAUAUGUAUUUUUUUUCUAAAGCAUUUUAUAUACUUUUGCAUAUACAAAUUAUACAUUUAAAUUUUUUGUCUGUAGUAAGCUUUCUCUGUGUCAUGAAGAAAGUAGAUAUGAGUAAUAGCUCAUCUCAUUUUGUAUCAUGUGUGAUUUUACUGUAGUUUCUGUGUGGCAGUAAAAUUUGUAAACAGCAGCUUAGCAAAUUGGGGAAUGAAAAAAUGUAAAGCAAUGUAUUUGUUAUAUAGCUUUUUACAUUUAAUCAAAACCAUAUUAAUGUUUGAUCUUAGGUUAAACAUCAUUAACGGUAAUAUGUUACAUUGUGGCUAUGUUCUUAGUAUUAAGGUGUGGGGGGGAGGUAGAGGGUGUUUUUAAGUUCAUAGGCCUUACAUGCUAAGUAGCAAAACUAGGCUUGCAUGUUUUUUACAUUUCAUUGUUGCAUUUAUUUCUAAACUCAUGUAUGUCUUGUUUUUGAUCCUUUUCAUGUAUGUCUUGAAUGAAAUGUAUUAAUAAAUACAAUAAAAAGAUUUAUUGUGUUCAUGAAA